CAUUAGCUAAUGAUGGUGUUGAACGUUUUACACCUCAAACAGAAGCAAGUAUUGAAAUUGUUGAAGAUGAAAUUUCACAAACUUAUGAGGAAUUAUACAUCUGUUUAAUAAAUGCAACAGAAAAUGUGCUCGAAAUUCUUAAGGAUCAGCAAAAUAAAAAGAACUUUAG